AUGACUGAGCCAGUACAACCCUCUACAGAUUCUAAUGUCCCUAUGGAUAUUGAUGAAGAAAAAAUAGAAUUGGCGGACAAUGAACCGAAGGAUGAAGCUAAAGAGUUUUUAUUGAGUCAAUUACCACCCGUAGAAGUCCCUGAAUGGGCCCAGUGGUUUGAUUUCAAUAAUAUACAUGAAAUUGAGAGGAACGGUAACCCCGAGUUUUUUGACAAUAAAAAUUCCUCUAAAAUUCCGCAAGUUUACAAAGAAUAUCGCGACUUUAUGAUAUGCGCUUUUCGACUAAAUCCAAAAGUCUACCUGACAUUCACUGCCUGCAGACGUAAUUUAGCUGGUGAUGUUUGCGCUGUUUUGCGUGUUCAUCGAUUCUUGGAACAGUGGGGACUUAUAAAUUAUAAUGUGGAUCCUUCUACACGACCUUCGAAGAUUGGCCCUCCCUCCACAAGCCAUUUUCAAGUUUUGGCUGAUACCCCAAGAGGGCUAGCGCCGCUUGCCCCUCCUCCUCCUCCUUCAAUUCCUCGUACCCAACCAUAUAAUUUACAACCUUCUAUACUCCGCAAAAAUAUCUAUGACUCUGAGGUCGAGGAGGCCCUGAAGGGCAAUGCUCCACGACCGUCUCCGGCUGCAAUAGAAAGUCAAAAUGUUGAAAAAAAAGAAGAAACAUCUCCCACUCAUUGUUAUUCUUGUGGUGGCAUCCUUGGCGGCACUUACUAUACUAGUGAUUCCGAUCUCUCCUAUUCGCUUUGUUCAACUUGCUAUGACCAAGAAAGAUUUCCUCCGCCGACGACACCUCAGAAUUAUAAGAAAAUCGAAUCUUCUUCGAAAAAGGACGAUGCACAUUGGAGUUCACAGGAAAUGCUUCUUUUAUUUGAAGGCCUCGAUAUGUUUCCAGAUGACUGGUCCAAAAUUUCUAGUCACGUUGGCACCAAAUCCAUAGAGCAGUGUAUAUUAAAGUUUCUGAAUCUUCCUUCAACAGAUAAGGAGCUUUUUCAAUCCUCCUCUGCUUCAUAUCCUGGGGUACGGUCCUUACAAGAUAAAAAUCCCAUUUUGUCUGUCGUGACAUUAUUAGCAAAAAUGGUAACUCCUUCUUCCUUAAAAUUUUCACAGCCAAUUGAAGAGGGCAAUGAUUUAAACAAAGAAACUAAAGAUCAGACUCUCUCAAGUAUUAAAACUGAAGGCAUGGAUAUAGACAGUGCCUGCUAUGAUAUUCCUGAAGUUUACUUUUCUGAUGAGGAAAAACGGAUGUCAUCGACUAUGAAAGAAGCCAUCGAUACGCAACUGAAGUUAAUUGAUUCCAAACUUACCCAUUUUGACUAUUUAGAUCAACAUGUACGAGUUAAGUCUCAGGAAUUGGAUUCAUUUGCUCAAGAAACUUAUAAAGAAAAACUGUUUAUGAAAAGAGAAUGCAUUGCGGCCAAGAAGAAAAUUGAGCAACGCUUACAUUCAAAGGAUUCCUCUAGUAAUGCCUCACCCUUUCAGUCUUCUACUGCCACCCCAACGAUCCUUCCUAUGCAGUCCUCUUCGGAUUGUGAAGAGCAUCUAUUCCUUUUUUACUUUUAUCUACUUUAUGAAUGGGAAUUGUCUACGUGUUAA